AAUUUAAUGGUGGUAGCAAUUAAUGUAGACAGCUCGAGAAGUCAAAGCCUUUGUUCUUCUGUUUAAUUACUUGGCCUUUCUUUCUUUCUUUCUUCUGCUUACUUGGGUACUGGUUCUUGUGAUGGAGAAUCUGCUGGGACUUCUUCGUAUUCGGGUUCAGAGAGGCAUUAAUCUUGCCGUACGUGACUCCUUAAGCAGCAGCGACCCUUAUGUCGUCGUCACCUUUGGCGAACAGAAAUUGAAGUCUCGUGUGGUAGAUAAUAACCUCAAUCCUGAGUGGAACGACGCACUGACUCUUUCUGUCAAAGAUCUCGAUGUUCCUAUCACUCUGACAGUUUAUGACAAAGACAUAUUAACGUCUGAUGACAAAAUGGGUGAUGCCGAGAUAGACAUAAAACCAUAUGUUGAGUGUGUGAGGGGUGGCUUGGAAAACCAGCCAAAUGGUUUUGUAGUAAAGAAAAUUCAGCCAAGCAAGACAAACUGCCUUGUAGAGGAGAGUAUUUGUGUUUGGGAGGGUGGAAAAAUUGUGCAGGAAAUGCGUCUGAGACUCAGAAAUGUGGAGUGUGGUGAAGUGGUGAUCCAACUUGAGUGGAUUGAUCUUCCAGGUAGUGAAGCUAUGUCAACUGCAUGAGAGCUAAUUAAAUGUAAGCGCUCAGAAAUAAAAGGAUAUAUAUAAAUAUAUAUAUAUAUAUAUAUAUAUAUAUGUCGCUGCUGCAUGGUACAGUAUUAUGAAUUCAGGGUCAAGCUAUUUUAUAUCAAGGGAGCUGGUUGAAAUGCGUUUGAUGUAUUUCUGAUAAUCGAAAGCUUGUCUGCAAUAUUUAGACUUUAGAGUA